CUUAGCCGCAGUUCGCCUACAUCGACGAUCGGACGUGUAACUCAUUUAGAGUUGAAGAAAUACCAGGCGAAAAAGAAAAGGCAGGGGUGUGUAUAUGUGUGUGAGAGAAGGGGUAGGCUGCAUUGGGAGCAGCUAUGGGUGAGAUCGAGGGCACCUACCGCUCCUUGCAGACCCCUGCAGGGACACGGCUCGGAGCUCAGAACAACACCGGCAUCAGCACCCUGGAGCCUGGGCAGACCCUCAGCUCAGCUGUGGGAGCAGGAGGGAAAGGCCACGGAAGGGGCCUGCAGAUCCGCGUCCAGGGCCUGGAUGAUGCUCAGGAGUUUUAUGAUCUUGAGUCAAAAGCGGAUGGGCAAACUCUGCACAAUGAAGUGUUCAGACGGAUCAAUCUCAUUGAGAGCGAUUACUUUGGUCUGGAGUUUCAGAACCUGCAGAUGAACUGGGUUUGGCUGGAGCCCACCAAGCUCAUAGUGAAACAAGUGAGACGGCCGAUGAACACACUCUUUCGGCUUUCAGUGAAGUUCUUUCCUCCAGAUCCUGGUCAGCUUCAGGAGGAGUUCACUAGGUACUUGUUUUCUCUGCAAAUCAAGAGGGAUCUAAUAGAAGGCCGACUGAACUGUACGGAAAACACUGCUGCCCUGCUGGCCUCUCAUUUGGUGCAAUCUGAGAUCGGUGACUACGAUGACAUAGCAGACCGAGAGUUUCUGAAGAUUAAUAAACUGCUGCCUUAUCAGGAACGUGUGCAAGAAAAGAUCAUGGAGAUCCACCGCAGACACAUUGGGCAGACCCCAGCAGAAACAGAUUUCCAGGUUCUGGAGAUCGCUCGUAAACUGGAGAUGUACGGGGUGCGCUUUCAUCCCGCCGCUGACCGAGAAGGCACCAAGAUCAACCUGGCUGUCGCACACAUGGGCCUGCAGGUGUUUCAGGGCCACACCAAAAUUAACACCUUUAACUGGUCCAAAAUUCGAAAGCUGAGCUUCAAGAGGAAACGAUUUCUAAUUAAAUUGCACCCAGAAGUUCAUGGUCCUCAUCAGGAUACGCUGGAGUUUCUAAUGGGCAGUCGAGAUCAGUGUAAGAUCUUCUGGAAGAACUGUGUGGAGCAUCACUCGUUUUUCCGUCUGUUAGAUCAGCCUCAGCCCAAAACCAAAGCCGUCUUCUUCAGCAGAGGAUCCUCCUUCAGAUACAGUGGGAGGACGCAGAAGCAGCUUGUUGAGUACGUGAGGGACAGCGGGUUGAGAAGAACUCCUUACCAGAGGAGGAACAGUAAGAUUCGCAUGUCGACACGUUCCUUGGCUUCUGGUGUGCCAAAACAGAAUCUGUGUUUUAACGACAGUCUAAGGUCUCCAGUACCUCCUUCCUCUGUCACCGCCUCCUUCCACUCCCUGCAUGCCCCUAGCUCACCCAUGCGGAUGGAGACCCCGAACCAGCCUGUGCAUCUCCAGCAGACACAGCAGCCCGCCAGAGCCCCCAGCCCAAUGCAGCAGGACUCCAUCAAGACCAACUCCCAGUCCACCUACGCCUUCCCAGACUCUGCCACUGACAGCCCACUGCCCUCUCCCUUCAACAUCGAGGGUCCUCUGUGCCUGUCGCCCUCUUUCCAGAUGUCCACUCUCAGUCUUCCCGGCCAGGCGCCUUCACCCCUGCAGAGCCCCAUCUUGAAUGAGGUGGGAACUACCAGACUAGAGGAAGACGAAGAGGGCAGGAGGAAGAGAUAUCCCACCGACAAAGCCUACUUCAUUGCUAAAGAGAUUCUGACAACAGAGCGGACGUACCUGAAGGAUCUGGAGGUCAUCACAGUGUGGUUCCGCAGUGCAGUGAUUAAAGAAAACGCGAUGCCUGAGGGUCUCAUGACCCUCCUGUUCUCCAACAUUGACCCCAUCUAUGAGUUCCACAGAGGCUUUCUCAAAGAGAUUGACCAAAGGCUGGCUCUCUGGGAGGGUCGCUCUAACGCUCACGUAAAAGGAGAUUACCAACGAAUUGGAGAUGUUAUGCUGCACAACAUGUGUGCUCUGAAGGAGUUCACAGGCUAUCUGCAGAAGCAUGAUGAGGUGUUAACAGAGCUUGAGAAAGCCACAAAGCGUGUGAAGAAGCUGGAGACGGUGUAUAAGGAGUUUGAGCUGCAGAAGGUGUGCUACCUGCCCCUCAACACCUUCCUGCUGAAGCCCAUCCAGAGACUCAUGCACUACAAACUCAUCCUGGAGCGUCUGUGUAAGCAUUACGCCCCCCAGCACAGAGACUACGAUGACUGCAAAGAGGCUCUGAAAGAAGUUGCAGAGAUUGCUGCUCAGCUGCAGAGCAGUCUGAUUCGACUGGAGAACUUCCAGAAGCUGACAGAACUUCAGAGGGAUCUGAUUGGCAUUGAGAACCUCACGGCUCCGGGAAGAGAAUUUAUCAGGGAAGGUUGCCUCUACAAGCUCACCAAAAAGGGUCUGCAGCAAAGGAUGUUUUUUCUCUUUUCAGACAUGCUGCUGUACACAAGCAAAGGGGUGACUGCAACCAAUCAGUUCAAAGUUCACGGGCAGCUUCCUCUGCAUGGGAUGAUUCUCAUUGUGCUGGACGCUCCGGUGGAGGAGAGUGAGAAUGAGUGGUCUGUUCCUCACUGUUUCACCAUAUAUUCUGCUCAGAGGACCAUUGUUGUGGCAGCUAGCUCCAAGGUAGAGAUGAACAAAUGGAUUGAAGAUCUGAACAUGGCUAUUGACAUGUCAAAGAAAUGUCAGGAGAAAUCAGAUCUUCUGUUGGACCCAAGCCUGUGUGAUCGCUCCAACAGAUCAUCGGAUGAAGUGUCUCUGGAGCAGGAGUCUGAGGAUGACAUGAACUCUUCCCGCUGCUCUCUGGACAAGCAGAGCCACCACAGGGCCAACACCACCAUGCAUGUGUGCUGGCACCGCAACACCAGCGUCUCUAUGUCUGACCACAGCCUAGCCGUGGAGAACCAGCUGUCUGGUUACCUCCUGAGGAAGUUCAAGAACAGCAACGGCUGGCAGAAACUCUGGGUCGUCUUCACCAACUUCUGCCUGUUCUUCUAUAAGACACACCAGGAUGACUUCCCCCUGGCCAGUCUGCCAUUGCUAGGUUACACAGUCAGCACCCCAGGGGAAUCAGAUAGCAUUCAUAAGGAGUACGUCUUCAAACUGCAGUUCAAGUCCCAUGUUUACUUCUUCAGGGCAGAGAGCGAGUAUACAUUUGAAAGAUGGAUGGAGGUGAUCAAAAGUGCAGCGAGCUCCGCGGGACGCAUGAGUCUGCUCGUACCCAAAGGUCCAGCAGAGAUGAACGGGGGAAGCUGAGUGUGUCAGAUGGAUCUCCUGGAGCUGAGGGCUGGGCCCACUGUCUGCCAGGCCCAAACACACCAUCAUCAUUUUAUCCUUUCUGAUUUGUGGCUCUGAGAAGCUUCAUCAUAAUAACUUGAGUCUCGACCCUGGACUGGUAGCUCUCUGCUUGCUGGGAGUUUGAGCUGCUUAUUGAAACCUCAGCCUGAAGAAGUCGGUCGGACAGUAUUGCGCUCUGUAAUUCUCUUCUCUAAAUCUUUUCUUCUUGUUUUCUUGCUAAUGAAACAAAAAGUGGGCGUCUUGGUUUUCUAGAACCACAUUAGACUAAAAGAAUUCUUCUAAAACCACAUUAGACUGAAUGAAGUUAUGUUUGUGUUUAUCUGGCUAAGGUUACACUUACUGCUGUAUUUAGGAUUUAAGGUCUUCGCUAAGAUGAAUCCGUCAUAAGGUAAUAUAAUUAUUGACUCGUUACUCCAGUUUAUUCAGUAGAAAUCUAGUCCCAGGACUACAGAAUUGCUUUCUAUUAUUUGUCUUGGGACAACAUGACUGAAUACUACUGAAUGGAGUGCUGACAAACAGAGGGUUUGUAUUAAGUCCAGCUGGUGCAGAUGUGCAAGUGAGAUGAAGGACUAGCGCUGAUUUAGAAACAAUAAACCUUUCUAAGUUCUAAGAUCGAGCACCUUGGCACUUUUAAAGGGCUGAUGGUGAGAUGCUGGUACAGGAAGGAAUCGGAGAGGAAUAGAAAUGUUAUUUUGACGAUGAGGCAGCUGAAUUUGUUUGUACAUUGUGUGCUGUCCUCUUCCAGCGUAGGUUAAAGCAUGUCUUGAAGGUCAUUAUUAAGCGACUUACUGUUUAGGGGAUUUUUGAUCUCACCGCAUUGAUUUUCUUUAAAUCUGAAAACUAAUCAGAUAUUUAUUUUAAAGUGAAGACUGACCAAAAAAUAUUCACUAACCAAACUAAGUGUAAUGUUUUAAAUGAUGUAUUCACAAAUGUCACUAGUUUAGAUUUGUGCGCCACUUGACAGAAAAUAAGCUCAAGUCUAAACUCACCCCUUUAUGGGGAUAGAGGGUCAUCCAGUGCAAUACAGCACUUCUUUUUUUCAGUUUCUGCCCCCUACACACAGGGAAGAGGAAAUGGUUCUGGUGAAGUUUUGUCAAAAAACAACAACGAUGCAAGAUCGUUCGGCCGCUAAAUCCUAAAAUUUAAACUGGGAUCAACAGCCUAAAACUGACGGUUCCCUUUAAUUAUAAUGUAUAUGAUUUUUUUUUUUUUUAAAGCAUAUUAAUAAUUAAUUUACAAGUUCUUUCCCUAUGAUCUAUUGAUAAGCUAAAAAAUAUUCCUUUUCUUUUUUACUACCAAUAUUUUUUGCAAGGCAUAUCUAUAUAUACUGUAUAUGUAUAUGUGUCUGUUACAGUCUAAUUUUGAUGGAAGUCCAGUUGAGUUAUUUGUUGUUUUAGUAGCAUGAUGAAGUCCCACAGCAUGUGUGACAGUGUUAUGUUUACUGAUCGACUUCACUUUAUGAAGACAGAUAUGUAGACAUCUGAUUUGGGAGAUUUAUUUUGCCUCUUGGAUUAUUAGUUCUAUUUAUAAGGCUUUUUGGCUUUGUCCGUUCAACAUGCUGUACAGGGUCCAACCAAAGACCUGAAGAAGUCUUGCAGAAGCCUGAAAAGGUUGGCCAGGUGUUAAGCAGUGUUGCUUUGUGCACUCAUAACAAUAUACUGUAAGCAGCUGUCAUCUCCACAUGAGCUCUGCUAGUCUGAUGCGUUUCGAAUCCCUCUUAAUUCAUUAAUGCACUGUGUGGGCUCAUGGUCUCCACCCUUUUUUGUACAUUUUAUGCAAGGACUGGAAUCGUUUUCUGUAUCUGGCAAUAAGAGGGUUGGAUGAACGGUUGUUUUCCAUCCCAGAUUGCUAAGCACGAGAAAAGGGAGUUUACUCAAAGCCCUCAGUUUCCGGUCUUAUUUUGAGAGGCACUAAACUGAGUUUUGAUGAAAUCGCUUCUCUCCAGCUUUUACUAUUUAUUUUGUGUAGCAUGUUGCUGAGGCGUUGCUCCUGUACACACCGCAUGUAGUAAGUUUCAUGUUAUGACUUUGAAGGGAUAUCAAAUAAAACUGAACUGUGUAAACAUUUAA